AUGGACACGGGCUCAAUGUGGCAGGCAUCGAGGGCUGCCGACAAAGGAGAGGAGCGGAACCAUGCGAACGACGGAAACCGGCUGGUCCGGGCCCAUGCAGUCGCCCGAACAGAACGGCAGAGCGGCACUUUCUGUAUGCCAGGGAGAUGGGAAAACACACCGCCUCGUCUAAAGAGAAGACCGACCAGAAAAAGAGCAUUAUCCCUACAGUUGCACCACGGCUAUGGCAACUGCUACCUGACUGGGCGUGAAUUGGGCAUAACGAUUGUGCCCUCCUGUCUGCCUGCUAGUCUGCCCGACUGCCCGACUGCCCGUCUGUCCCCUCUGAUCGCUCUCCGAUUUGCCCAACCCGGACCCAGCGUCGGAGCCUGCCACGGGACAGUUGCGAGUGAGGCAGCAACUGUACCGGAGAACAGUGGUCAUAUGGUGCCCUUUGGGGCUCGUCUGACCACCAACAGUCGAUUGCCUCUGGGCGCUUGA